AUGAACCAGCUUGUAAGCAUGGUCACUGCCCAUGCUAACCUCAUGUGUGGGUCCCCAUUACGAGAUCUACGCUUCAGUAUAACAAGACUGAACGUCUUACGAGCACUUUUUUUCAACCUGGAAGUACUAGGUUACAGCCCAAGUGACAUCCACGACGAUGCUCAGUCAACCUUCACUCCCAAUAUCCAAAGCGGGAUCAAGUGGUCCCGCAUAGAAGCGUUGCCAACGGCCCUUCGGCCGACUGUGAUCCAGCGAACUGUGCCCCACCACCCGUGGCUGGAUCUUAUGCCCUUCCCCCGAAUGAGGGAUACUCUCAUACUGGCGCAAGCCUAUAUGGGUGAUGAGCAGCUGUGCCACGAUCUGUGUGGAAACAGGGUACCCUGUGCCGGCUGUCGUGAUCUGAGCCGACCAGGAGGGAUUGGUGAGACUGGCGUUCUGGUUUGGCGUGACCCGUGGGAUCCAUCCGGCUGGGAAGUGACAGAGACCUUUGCCCGGUCAUGGGGUUGGGUGCUGCAGGAUUGCGUAGACUUGUUUAAUUCGACCAACGCGUGGCGGAUUGAGCGUGGAGAGAGGCCGCUGUUUAGAAGUGCUUUUGGAAUCGACAAAAAUGCUAAAGUAUGA